AUGCGUGUACCAUACGCAUCAUCUUCUUCUCAAACCGACCUUGUUCAUCAAAACUUAUGUGAAUAUCUCGAUUCUGGCACGUAUUGUGAUUUAACUUUGAUAGUUGGCUCUGAAAGGUUUCCAUGCCAUCGGAUAAUCCUUGCCAGUUCAUCCCCGUACUUUCAAGCGCUUCUUACUCACAUGUUCAAGGAAAACGGUCUCAGUUCGAUCGAACUACAUGGUAUUGAAUCGCAAACAUUCGCAAUUCUCCUUCGUUAUAUAUACAGUGGUAAAAUCGAGCUCGAUGACAAGAAUGUUCAAGAUUUAUUCAUUGCCAGCGAUAUGUUUCAAUUGAAUGAAGUUGUUCAAUUUUGUUGUCAUUACUUAUCAAUAAGUUUAAAUGAACAGAAUGUCAUUGAUGUGUGGAAAUUAGCGAAUGAAUUAGAAUGCCUAUCUUUGAAAGCGGAUGCUGAACAAUAUCUAAUAACACAUUUUCGUAAUUUACUUAAACUUGAUCUGAUAAAAUCAAUACCGCGUGAUUUGCUAAUCACAGCCAUUUCAAAUGAUAAUCUCAUCGUUGAUAGCGAACAACAAGUCUUCGAGGCAAUCUUAAUCUGGUAUUGUAAUAAUCUGGAUCAGCCUGUCGAACAACUACUUGAUAACGUUAGAUUUGAACUUAUAUCAAAAGAACAUCAAAAUAUCAUUCUACAACAAAUUGAAAUUAAAAACCCAUCGACAAUACACCGCAUCGAGCAGAGUAUCCAUCAACGUGAACGUUCAUUGUGUAACACUUCCACUCGACGUGGUGCAAAGCAAACAUGUUAUAUAUUCGGUGGUUAUGGUUUGUCUACCGACGAUACAAAUGCACAUCUUUUGACAUCAUCCUAUCGUUGUCAACUGCAUACCAGUGAUAGUCCAAUAUCGUAUACAAUCGAAAUCGAACAAGUUCAUGGCGAUGAAAUGCGCUAUCCGCGAAUGCAUCAUCAAGCUGUUGCACUCGGUAGUUUAAUUUAUGUUGUUGGCGGUGAAGACGGUGAUAAUAUUUUCAAUUCAGUGGAAAUUUUUGAUCCAUUGUCAAAAGUCAAUAGUAAACAGUGGACUCAAACAAGUUCCAUGAUGACUCCACGUUGCAAUUUCGGUCUAGUCGCUUUAGAUUCAAACACAUUGUAUGCCUUAGGUGGCCAUAUUGGUGCUGACAUCACAUCGUCAAUCGAACGAUUCAAUUGUAAAACUGACGAAUGGAUUCUAUUACCGUAUCGAUUACAAUCACCAUGUUACGGAUUUGCUUGUGUGCAUUUAAAUGGUUCGAUCAUCUGUAUAGGUGGUUUUUGUGUAUUUAAUUUACCUGUGAAAACAACUGAAAUUUUCAAUACGACUACUGGUCAGAGUUAUUUAUGUACCGAUAUGUUUGAAGCGCGUGGAUUUUGUUCGGCAUGUCUUGACGAAGAAAGCGGGAGAAUCUUUGUUUUCGGUGGUGCAGAUGCUAAUGGAAAUGCUUUACGCUCUGCUGAAGUUUAUAAUACUUCCGGUUGCCGAUGGUUUCCUUUGCCGCCAAUGAUAUUCAACCGUAUUAGUCCAUGUGUAUAUCGUGUCGGAUAUUUGAUCAUUGUUUUUGGUGGACGAACAAGUCUCGACCGACAUUCCGAAAUUCUUCGAACAGCUGAAAUUUUCCAUAUCGAGAAAAAUAUUUGGAUAAGAAUCAAUGAUGUUCCACUUCAAGUGUACGGAGCAGCAGCGAUUCUUCGUUAA